CCCCACCCACCCGCACCCCCACACUCGCCCAGAGACAAACUUAAGGUGAGGGGAAGGCGCGCUAGCGGCACUGCAUCCCCUGACUCCAGCUCAGUGGGAACUGAGAAGAUCCGAACUGCUGGACUCCAGGACGAGUGAAGAAGAUUCUCACAGCUGGAAAGAUGAAGAGCCUGCUUCUUCUGGUGCUGAUUUCCAUCUGCUGGGCCGAUCAUCACUUAGACAACUACACUCUGAACCAUGACAGAGUUAUUCACAUCCAAGUAGAAAAUGGCCCCCGUCUGGUCGUACAAGCGGAACAAGCCAAGGUCUUCUCCCACAGAGGCGGCAACGUCACACUGCCAUGUAAAUUUUAUCGAAACCCCUCAACUUUUGGCUCAGGACUCCACAAGAUCCGAAUUAAGUGGACCAAGCUAACUUCAGAUUACCUCAAGGAAGUGGAUGUUUUUGUGUCCAUGGGCUACCAUAAGAAAACCUAUGGAGGCUACCAGGGGAGAGUGUUCCUGAAGGGAGACAGUGACAAUGACGCCUCUCUAGUCAUCACGAACCUCGCCCUGGAGGAUUAUGGAAGGUACAAGUGUGAGGUGAUCGAAGGCUUAGAAGAUGACACUGCCGUGGUCACCUUAGACUUGCAAGGUGUGGUCUUCCCUUACUUCCCGAGACUGGGGCGCUACAACCUGAACUUCCACGAGGCACAGCAAGCCUGCCUGGCCCAGGACGCCGUAAUCGCCUCCUUCGACCAGCUCUACGAGGCCUGGCGCGGCGGGCUGGACUGGUGCAACGCGGGCUGGCUGAGCGAUGGCUCGGUGCAGUACCCCAUCACCAAGCCCCGUGAGCCCUGCGGGGGCCAGAACACCGUGCCUGGCGUCCGCAACUACGGUUUCUGGGACAAGGACAAGAGCAGAUACGACGUGUUCUGCUUCACCUCCAACUUCAACGGCCGGUUCUACUACCUGAUCCACCCCACCAAGCUCACCUACCACGAGGCGGCGCAGGCCUGUGCCAACGACGGCGCUCAGAUCGCCAAAGUGGGCCAGAUCUUCGCCGCCUGGAAGCUGCUGGGCUACGACCGCUGCGACGCGGGCUGGCUGGCGGACGGCAGCGUGCGCUACCCCAUCUCCCGGCCGCGGCGGCGCUGCAGCCCCAGCGAGGCGGCCGUGCGCUUCGUGGGCUUCCCGGACAAGAAGCACCAGCUGUUCGGCGUCUACUGCUUCCGGGCCUACGACUGAGGCCCGGCCGCCUCACCGAUCGUGUGCCAGGCGUUGUGUUCUGUCUUUCUCCACACGAACUCGUGGAAGUUACCCAAACUGUGACAACCCUUUUUUACUGUAAAGUCCUUUCCUAAAGAGCGAUCCAUUAGCUUGUUCUUUGUAGAGCUAGCCUUCAGGACCCACCACAAAUGAACGCAGUUGUAAGGGAAGCUCUGCGGCGCGAGGCUUCAGAGCCAGGCGGUCCGCACCUCAGUUCCUCUCUCCAGUCCUCACGCUCGGCCGACACCCCGGGAGGGCAGGGGCUGCUCAGAGCAGCAGCUUCCGCAAGCACGGAUUUCACACGUUCGUACAAUUCUGAGACGCACUCUGGUGAACAAAUAUAGAGCGACCCAUUCGCCACGCGGGCUUCUUUUUGCAAAGAGGUUCUGAGGGGCUGCACUUCCUUCCGGUCUCCAGCACACGGUCUUCUAGGCCUCCAGGCCUCCCUUUCUGUCCAAACAACAACAGUCAAUCCAGGCGGGCUCAAAUACAUAGUAACAAGCACAGGAAGUCCUCCUUAAUAAUCCCAUUUCGAUGAGGUUUAAAUAAGCCGGUAACACUUAACCCACCAGACCCUCCUACGUUCUUCUGAUUAAAAUGACACGUCUCUGAGAAGAACUCUUUUAUCUUUGAGUAGCAUUCCUGUGUUAUAUUUAAAUUCGAAGAGCCCUUUGCUAGGCCACAUUUAGCAUCCACUCAGGGCAGUUAUACAGAUAAACUGCUGGACAGAAAAAUUGUAAAAUUUACCAGCUUGAUUUUAUGUUAGCCUAUGAAGUGUUAUUGUCCUAUAAAAAUAACUUUAAACUAUUUAAUAUGUCUUUUUUAUUUACAUGACAUGGAAAAAUUAAAUAAUAGAAUGAAUAACCAUAUACUCGCCUAACCAAUGAAUAAAGACCCAACCUUCGACAGUCUUAGUCCUAUUUUUACAUACAUUAGGAAGCCCAAAUGGUGCCUGUGUUUGGGGACAAAGUCACGAUGUGGUCCUAAACCUUCCCAGAACUGGCAAACGUAGUCAGUGUCACCGACCAUGCUGGGCAUCAUCAGGCGUAAAUGAAAUGCUGAAGCUAUCAUCAAAGAGAUUACACUAAAAUCUUCAGGGCUUUAAAUGAAAUCUAAAUCCAGCUUCAGGAAAACAACUCCUCCUUUAACAGCUCCAAUCUUAAAUAAAGCUCUGUUUUCCUAUAUUUUUAUGACUGUUGAGACCCCACAGGGACCAAUAUUUGUACUCAAAUUACAUUUCAUGGUUUCCCAUUGUUUCGCAACGAUUUCUAAUAAAUGGGAUUUAUUAUAAUAACCUAAGGAUGACAUAGCUGAUAGGCUUUCAUGAAUGUUUUUAUGAAGAUUUUUCUCCCAUGAACAUAAGUAAAUAAAUCUGUUUCUUGAAUUGAUUGUGGUUGCAUUUAAAGCUCUGUAGUAAUCUUAAUAAAUUUAUAAAUGUAGAGUUAUAUGUGGAAAGUAUAGAGCAAUUGGGAGUUCAUAAAACCAUAACUAUAUUCAUAUAUUAGCUAGAUGAAAUAUUGUAAAUAAAAGUAGACUCAUGGAUCAAAAGCAUAUCUGGAAAUGUUCAGAUGCUUUAAUAUUAAAAGAUGAUAAUGUAUGCAUGCACAUUUUUAUGUUAGACCAGGUAUGCAAAUUAUAUGAAACUAUAGAUCCAAAGAGAUUAUGAGGCUUAAUUCAAAUACUGCUGGUUUAAAUAGAGCCCACACUUCUAAAUUAAAGAUACCUGAGUGGUCUAGGAUAAGAGAAAUGUAUUAUUUAAAGAGGGGACUGUCUCCAAAAUAGCAACCCCAGCACGUCAAAUUAAAGAGGGGGUUAGCUCAUUGGGGGAAGCCCAUACUUGAACAAUUAUUGCCUAUAUUAUAAGAAUUUUAUUAGAUAUGAAAAUGAGAAAAUUUUUCUAUUGAAGCAAGUAUAUAACUUUGAGUUAUUGUCAUGGAACUCUGACUUUAUAAUAUUAAGUGUAGUAUGAUUUCUUAACUUUUGAAUACUUAUUAGUACAGGAUUUGGUGCUGAUCACAAUCUCUAGAGUGACUGUUAGCUGAUGAAAAUCUAUACCAAUUGCACACCAUUUUUCCAUUCUUAAAGAAAAUAUCUAAACAGAAUAAAUAUUGCUGAGCAUAAUUUUUAUCUUCUGAUUUCACCUACAGGAUAAAAUUCCUCAUACUCUUUGGACUCCUAAUUGAAGAAGGAGUCAUUUUACUGUUGUCAUUGUGAUGUUUUCCCAACAAAUGUCCAUUUGCCUACUUCAUUGCCCAAAAUAUCUCACUGAGAAUGUCUGAAAAAGAAAAGUUAUCCUGGCCCAGUUCAUAAUAGAAAGUUGAUAUAACAGCAGCUAAUUCAGAAAUUGGCUUUUACACUUUGAUUCCAAGAAUAUCAGAGGAAUGCAAUGGAAGACAGGGUUACAAAAUCUUGUUUUUAGCAUUUUGUCUAUAAUGAAGUCUUGUGACCAAUAUAAAGAAAGGAGCGUAUCUAAGAAUUUCACUGAGACAGCUACAUUUCAAAAUCCAAACAAAAACAAGCAAUGCAUAUAAAACAGGCCAGGAAUGAAAAUAAAUUGUCACAUUAACACUGGAAGCCAUCUUUUAGUGUCUGCUGUCAUAUUUUAUCACAGUAAUUUUUAGCCAAAUAUGGUAUUUGUAAAUUUAAACUUUCUUUCAUAGAAAGGGGGCCGGUACCUGUUAAAAGUGUUAUUUUAUGCAAUAAUAUAGUCGCUUAUUAUUUUGGCAACUAGAACUAGACUCAGAGGAGAUUCCAAUUUGGUUGCUGGCAGCCAGACUGGGUUUUUUGAUUUCCACACUCUGGGAGCAUGGUGGUGUCCUGGAGUAUCGGGCCACUAAGGAAGAAAGGACUAACAGGGAAUCAGUCAUCUGUUUUAGAACAACCAAGAAAGGUCAAUGGACAGCUGACAUUGUUUUGUUGAGAAGUUAACUUUGUCACAGUUUACUACUCCCAGAGCAAUACUGGUGUACAACCGAAGAAAUAAAUCAGAGGUCAUUAAGCUACCUGAUUAAAACAAGUCUACAUUUAAAGGCAAUUAAUACCUACUAAGUACAAAUUUGAAAAGAGCCAAUCUGUAUUACAAAAUACGUUUUCAUUUUCUGUAAGAUAACAAUGAAAUGGUAACCAUUAAAAGUCAAUUUUAUGUCA